AUGGUUGCCACCAAACCGCACGCGGUGCCAAAGUCAAAGGGCGGCAUCGACGCGGAGGACGCUCGGCGGCGGCGCGAGGCGUCGACCAUUCAGAUCCGAAAGGACAAGAAGGAGGAGGGGCUGCAAAAGCGGCGGCGGCCCGCGGCGGCUGCAGCGGCGGCGCCCUACGGUGGCAGCUCGUCGUCGCAGCCGCCCCAGCAGGCGCGCACGGCGACGCGGAGCGCGGAGGCUCCCGAGCCCGGGCUGGCCGAGACGCUCAAGUCUCUCCCCGAGGAUGUGCAGCUGCUCAACUCGGACGACCGCGGGCAGCAGCUCGAGGCGUGCAUACGGCUGCGCAAGCUGCUCUCGAUCGAGCGGAACCCGCCGAUCGCCGAGAUCAUCGAGGCGGGCGUGGUGCCUCGACUGGUGCAGUUUCUCCACUGCUUUGACGACCCCAUGCUGGCGUUUGAGGCCGCGUGGGCGGUGACCAACGUCGCUUCGGGCACCUCAGAGCACACGCGCGUCCUCCUCGACAACGGCGCCGUGCCGGUGCUGGUGCAGCUCGCUCUCCACGAGGACUCAAACUUGCGCGAGCAGUCGAUGUGGGCCUUGGGAGAGACUGCCAGCGACAAGCUGGAGGCAGGUCGCUAG